UCCGCUCCCCCUCCCCUCCCGGCCCGGUGGGGCGGGGCCGAGGCCCGCCGGGCCCCGACACCUCCCCUUCCCUUUCCCCUUCCCUUUCCCCUUCCUCAGGACGCUCCCUCUCUCUCGGCAGCCGGCGCGGUUCUGAGCCAUGCGCGGCGGCGGGGCGGCGGCGGGCGGGCGGCGGUAGCAGCGGCCAUGGGCGGGCCGGGGGGUCUGCCCCGGGCGCGGCGGCUGUGCCACUGGGGGCCGCUGGUGGCCCUGGCCGUGGUGGCCGUGUGCUCCGCCACCGCCAUGGCGGACGCCGCGCUGUGGUACUGGCCCCUGGACACGGCUGGGGGAAGCGUCAACUUCCUCAUGCUCCUCAACUGGACCGUCAUGAUCCUCUACAACUACUUCAGCGCCAUGUUUGUGGGCCCGGGGUACGUCCCGCUGGGGUGGACGCCGGAAAAAUCUCAGGAUUGCAUGUAUCUCCAAUACUGUAAAGUGUGUCAGUCUUACAAGGCACCACGUUCACACCACUGUCGAAAAUGUAACAGAUGUGUCCUGAAGAUGGAUCACCACUGUCCUUGGAUCAACAAUUGCUGUGGAUACCAGAAUCACGCAUCUUUCACUCUCUUUCUCCUCUUAGCUCCGCUGGGAUGCAUUCACGCUUCUUUCAUAUUUGUCAUGACUAUGUACACUCAGCUUUACAACAGAAUAUCUUUUGGGUGGAGUUCUGUAAAGAUUGACAUGAGUGCAGCCAAAAGAGACCCUCGACCCAUUAUUCCCUUUGGACUGUCUGCAUUUGCUGCAUCUUUAUUUGCCUUAGGACUGGCACUAGGAACAACUAUUGCUGUUGGUAUGCUGUUCAUUAUCCAGAUGAAAGUAAUUUUGACAAAUAAAACUUCAAUCGAGUCCUGGAUUGAAGAAAAGGCCAAAGACAGAAUCCAGUACUACCAAACAGGUGAGACCUUUAUUUUUCCCUAUGACAUGGGAAGUAAAUGGAAGAACUUCAAGCAAGUGUUUACAUGGUCUGGGAUUCCUGAGGGAGAUGGUCUGGACUGGCCAGUAAGAGAUGGCUGUCAUCAAUACAGUUUGACGAUAGAGCAACUGAAACAGAAAGCAGACAAGCGAAUAAGAAGUGUGCGGUAUCGAGCAGUAGAAGAUUACAGUGGUGUCUGCUGCCCUGUGACUAAAGGUGUUAAAACACUCUUCACAACACCAUGCACUGAAGAACCUAGAAUUGCACUGAGUAAAGGGGAUCUGAUUUUAGCCACAAGAGGCUUAAAACACUGGAUGUAUGGUGAGAAGAUUCUCGACUCAGCUGGUGAUGGUGGAAUAAGAAAACGAGGCUGGUUCCCCAGGAAAUGUGUGGAAAAAUUCCAAUAUGACUCAGAAAUGGAUCAACCAGUGGAUGGAGAGAAGAAAAACAGAUAGCCUUCUAAUUUUUUAAAUAAGAAAUGGAAUUUUUACUUCAGACCACAAUCCUUUACUUGAAAUUUUCAGUAUAUUACUUUCAACUUAUGCAAUAUGUCAGGACAAGGUUUUCUCUUCCUCGCAGCUGAAAGGGUUGGAUAUGCCUGUGCCAUGGUUUGCAUACCUUUUAAACAAUAAAUAAUUGAAGAAGCCAUUCAGUGGAUUUGCCUUCAAGAUGCAUCUUUUUCAUCCCAUCACGUUUUUUUUUAUUUUUGCUGUUUAAAUUACAUUCUGAGGGUUCAUGCUUAAGGUUUUUUCCUCAACUGCAUCCGGCUGUGGUGUGUGCUGCCCAUCUUUUGUAUUUUACUUUCUCUGAAGCUGCCCCUGCAAACUAUAAAGUAAACAUGAUUCAAAGUCAAGAUAAGAUUUGUUACUUGUGACUUUUAAUGAUGUGACUUGUCCACCUCAAAUAAAUUAUACAUUCAUAUUCA